GUCAAACCGAAACUAUGUUUAUCAAUUAAACCCAGUUAUUAUCGCAUUGCUAUGGAAACGGUGUAAACAUGUUUCUUUUUUACAAAUUGCAGUUUUAUCUGACAAAGUAAAGCAAAAUCGAAUUUGUGGUAACAAUUAACGAAAAUGGUCGGAGGUUGCACUUGUCUUGGCUGCGAGAAUCUUGCAAAUCGUCUGAAAAGGUCCGAUCGAAAAGAGUGUAUCCCAACUGAAUCGUAUAACAAUCGUUUUGAUCGCGAUAACAAUCCAGAUGCUUAUUCGGAAAAAUGUAUUCCAAAGUUCGAAACUAACACUAGCCAGCAAUAUGAACGUAAUGUCAACACAUCGGAUUUAUAUCGAACGCUUAAUAUUCCCGACCGUUUUGAACGUUCCUCUACAUUGAAUGGAUAUGGCAGCCAAUACAAAACAUAUCAUCCAGUAUUUCAAACGACCAAUUCAGAGUAUGGCUGGAUACCUCCGAAUCCUCACACAGUACCUCAUAGUUACUAUCCUCGCUCAAAUGAAUUCUCGAAAUUGUUAGCGAAAAGCGGAAUGUAUCGCAACUAUUCACUAAACACGAUGAUAGAUAGAUCUCGUGUGUAACAACAAUUCUUCCCUUUGUCCACUUGAAAUCAAUAUAUUUUCCAUGUUAUUUCUCUAGAAAUAUAAGUUUAAAUCAAAUUGCUUUAAAUGUAUUCUAUGCUCAAAUUUAAGAGACUAUAAGCGGGUCUAUUAUCUGCAAUUUCUUAUAACAGA